AUGCCCGCCUCGAUCCCUGAAUACUACUCGCCUCUUACGGUCUGCAACGUUUACGUCUCAAGUGCAAAAUGGUUUACUGUCGAACGUAGUCGUCGGCGACCGUUGAUUCCCCACUCAUCGUACUACUAUGGACCACCUCCAUCAGACUCGGCCUACGGAACACCACCAGUUGGACAAAUUGGUAUUCACCACCCUCGAGAAAUUGUACGCGUCGAAAGGGAUUAUAUCGGAGGAGAGCUGAUCCAGUUCUCUUCAAUAUAUCCUAUUGAAUUUGACGGUCGAAUAACACCAACGCGAUUCAUGGAGACCAUCAACGACAUCAACGAGAUCCUUAUAUCCGCGCAUAGCGCCCGCCACUCCUUUAUAUACAACUUUCUCGCAGUCGCCACCCUGCACCUCUCAACAUUUUUCCUCACGUCACACUAUGAUAAGGAGAUGCGACGGCUAAAGCAGAAAAUAGAAGAAAUGAAUACCCAAACUUAUAACUCCGUUGGGCUAAACAUUCUGUGGCCCCGGAACGUGGCUUUUCUUUUCCUAGAAAUUGAAUAUUAUGUGCGUCGUUUUGACCUUUUCGAGUGA